AAAGAAGGCCCAAACCAAUAUAACUCGUUAUAAAAUUAACACAAAACCCUAAUUGUUAACAACUUUCACCCUUCUCAGUGUGUGCCUUUCUGCAAUUCCACAGCCGAAAAUGCCUUUCAAGAGGUACGUUGAGAUCGGAAGGGUUGGUCUUGUCAACUACGGAAAGGACUAUGGAAAGCUCGUUGUCAUCGUCGAUGUCAUCGACCAAACUAGGGCACUUGUUGAUGCACCUGAUAUGGAGAGGUCACCAUUGAAUUUUAAGAGACUUUCUCUCACUGAUAUCAAGAUUGAUAUUAAGAGAGUUCCUAAGAAGAAGGAUCUCAUCAAGGCCAUGGAAGCUGCUGAUGUGAAGGGCAAGUGGGAGAAGAGCUCUUGGGGUAGAAAACUGAUUGUCAGAAAGAGAAGGGCAGCCCUCAAUGAUUUUGAUAGGUUCAAGAUUAUGUUGGCAAAGAUUAAGAGGGCUGCUGUCGUUAGGCAAGAACUUGCUAAGCUGAAGAAGACUGCAGCUUAAGCAUUUAUUUUCAAAUUUUGUUAUCUAUUUCCUUCCAUUUAGUACAACUUGGAUUUUGGUUUUUUGUAUCACUAAGUUUGGUAAAUGUUUCGAGAAAUUUAUAUUUAUGUUAAAGAGAUUAUAUCAGUACUCAAUUCUCCAUUGUUUUUGAAUGCUUAUUUUUGAAUGUUGGUUUAUUAGAUAAUCGAUAAAGCAAGCUAGAGCUUGAAAUUUUAUUUGUGUUA